UACUAAUUGGUUCUACUCGUACUCGCAAUCUAGCCAAAAUCCAGAACGUGCAAUUAUUCAUACCAACCUUUUAUUUUUCUUUCUUGUUAAAAUCACGAGAUAUCCUCGACAUGUUGACCGAUGACAACGGGGCAAUAUAUUGAUUGAUCGAUGCUCUUGUUAAAUGGCUCUCGUCCAACCCAGUCGGUUACCUUUCUCCUCUGCAAAAAGAGCUGCCAUUAACACGCACACACACACACUGUCUGUGUGAGUGAAUGUGCGGAGGGGACGAGUGACAGAGCGAGUGAACUGAUUGGUGGUUUCCUCGGAGUCAGAGCAGCAGCCCAAUCCGAAUUCCCCUCGGAAACCUCGCCCGACAUGAGCAAGGACGACCUUCAUCAUCAUCAUCGCUACCCACCGACAGCAUCGGCGGCAGCAGCUGCAGCUCCUGUUCCUCCGCCGGCAGCAAAGAGAGAGAGCUCAGAGGGCGGCGGCGGCGGGCUGUUCGGCAAGCGCAAGUACAAGCUGUGGGUACUCGCCGCCAUCCUCCUCCUCGCCUUUUGGUCCAUGUUCACCGGCUCCGUCACCCUCAAGUGGUCCGCCGGCAACCUCACCCGUCUCUCCGACCGCCUCUUUGAUGCUCCCCUUUACGAGGAUCUCGAUAUCCUGGAAGUGGAGGAGAGGGAGAAGGUAGUGAGGCACAUGUGGGAAGUCUACAUUCACAGCAGCAGCAGCAGCAGCAGGCUGCCUCGGUUCUGGUCGGAGGCUUUCCAAGCGGCCUAUGAUUCCUUGGCCAGCGAAGUCCCCUCCGUCCGAGAAGCCGCCAUCUCGGAGAUCGCUAAGCUCUCCCUCGAUCCGACCUUCUUAUCCUCUUCUUCUUCUGAUGAUGAUUCCUCCGACCUGUAUUUCCUGCUUAAUCGUUGAGUGCACAUUAGGCGAAGGAGCUUUCCCGAUCGAACAAAGGAGGCCGAGAAGCCACCGGAUAUUUUCCACAAGCAGGACUAUCAGGAGGAUGUUCGGGACGAGCUACCAUUUCGGAUGGGCGAAUGUUAUGAAGCCUAUGCAUAAACCAUAUUUACUAGAAGUUGGAUCAUGAUAGAGAUACAAAGAAUAGCAUUUUCCACUCUCCACUAUGUAAAAUCUUGCCAGUUGAAUGUAACUGUGAAUAAAUCUGUGCCUUGGGAAUAUGUCAGACCCUUUACAUCUUA